AACAGGGCUUUAUGCUCAUGCGUCUUCCUCAUCAGACAAAAUUCCUGCAAGGACUUCCGUUUCCUCAUAGCAACCGGAACGCGAACAAACUGAAUCAUUUGGGAAAAUGGCAGAAGUUGAGGAGACACUGAAGAGGAUUCAGACACACAAAGGCGUUAUUGGAACAAUAGUUGUAAAUGCUGAGGGCAUUCCUAUCAGAACCACCCUUGACAACUCAACCACAGUGCAGUAUGCGGGACUCCUUCAUCAGCUGACCAUAAAAGCAAGAAGUACAGUGCGAGAUAUCGAUCCUCAGAAUGACUUGACAUUUCUCAGGAUCAGAUCCAAGAAGCAUGAGAUCAUGGUAGCUCCAGACAAAGAGUACCUGUUGAUAGUGAUCCAGAAUCCAAGUGAAUAACAUCACCAAGCUUGGCAAGAAAGAAAACAUCCUUUGACAUAUGUGACCAUACCCGUUUGUAUUUAUUCUUUUUGUAUGCAUAUGCCUUGAAGUACACCUGUCAGUCCACUUGUUUUCCUGGGCCACCUUUUGAGAUGCCUUCCUUGCUUACAUCUCAGCUUUGCCUUAUAGACCAAUCCUCAUAUAUGGGAUGCUAAUUCAUAGUGAGGCCAUCUGGACUUGUCUUUUCGAAACUAGGUAUCAAAAACAUGUAUGUUCUUUUUGUUUGUUUUGUCAUCUCAUUUAAAUGCUCACAUGAAUAAAUGAACACUAACAAAA